AUGACGUCCACAACACACUCCCCUCCCCAUCCCCCCUUUGAUAUCCGCGAAGUGGUCACCAAAGCGGAGUUCGCGCGACUGAAUGACGUUCUCUGGACCGCAAACUUCCAUCCCUACGAACCAAUCUUCACCCUCUGCCACGCCAUCACCGGCCCAACCACCGCUGACCGCGCCGCCGAUAUCGCCCGCGACACCGACCUCCACUGGGCGGCGCACGAACGCAACCCAGCCUCGCACUACGUCUACGUCGUCGACCCCACCACCGGCCGCGUCGCCGGCGGCUGCGAAUGGACCUUCCACCAUACCAACCCGUUCUCCGAAGCCCCGGCCCGCGUCCCGUGCACCUGGUACCCCGAGGGAUCGGAGGUAGCGGAGUUUGCUUCCCACAUAUUGACGCAGUGUUUGUUGCCGCGGCGGGCUUGGUUUCGACGGGCGCAUGCGGGGGUCAAUCGAAUGGGUGUGCACCCGGACUACCGCCGUCAGGGGGUCGGACGGAUGCUGAUGCAGUGGGGCCAUGCACGGAUUGACGUGUGGGGGUAUGAAUGUUUUAUCGAGUCCGGGGCGACGGGGCGGUGGUUGUACGAGGAGUGCGGGUAUCGGAGGGUUAUGGCGUUGGCGGUGGAUUGUGCGCGCAAGAACCCCAGUGCGGAUUGGGAGAGGCUCAUGUUUGAGUAUCGGUCGGUGGGGAUGUUGUUGCUCUGGAGGCCGCCUAGGGGAGUUUGGGAUGAGCGUGUGCCGGCUGGGCCGUGGGCCGUGACGGAGGAGACCUGGCAGCAUGUAGAAGCUGGAGCGAACCUCGCAGCCUAG